CGAACAAAUGCUAGCUUUAGGCGUGCAGAGCAAGAGGACCACCACAUCAUGGAAACUAUCUUAAAAGAACUUCCCAUAGAUAUUGUUGACCAGGUGCCACUUGACUAUAUGCACCUCAUCUGUCUGGGUGUUGUGCGCAAGCUUGUACUCCUUUGGCUGAAAGGUGAUAAAACCUACCGCAUUGGAAGUGCAUCAAGAGAUUCUGUGUCAGGAGCUAACAUUGAAAUGAGGCACUAUGUGCCAUCAGACAUGUCUCGGAAGCCACGCAGCUUGUCCGACAUUGAUAGGUGGAAAGCGUCAGAAUUUCGCUUGCUUGUUCUUUACACGGGGCCAGCGGUGCUGAGGUCAAGGAUCCCCAAGCCUCUGAUGGACAACUUCAUGACACUUCACUGUGCAGUCACCAUACUUUGCAGCCCAUUACUCUGUAGAGAGCACUUAGGGUAUGCAGAAAGGCUCUUAAGGCAUUUUGUUGAGACCUACAUAACACUAUAUGGUAGACAUGCAGUCUCUCACAAUGUUCAUGGCUUGAUUCAUGUGGCAAGCGACGUAAGAGUUCAUGGACCUCUUCACAACUAUAGUGCUUUCCCAUUCGAAAAUUACAUGCGUAAACUCAAAAGCUAUGUACGCAAACCAGAAAGGCCCUUGCAGCAAGUCUACAAUCGAAUCGUAGAAGAACGAUUUUUGGUUGCAUCUCCUGCUGUCAACACUGGAGAGUCGGCAGCAUCGACUCCACCCGUCUCCUCUGUAUUCCUUGGAGGAGAAAGUUUCAAGCUGACAGCAAGGCAUGAAGGUCGACCAUUGCCGCUCGGAUGCAUUGGACCUCAGUACAAGACCGUGACGUUUCCUGCUGGCAUCACCAUCAAAACAAACAAAAAAGACUGCACUUGCAUGUUAAAAGACAAGAGUAUCAUCAAGGUUGAAAACAUUGCACGCACUGCAGUGAACUAUCAACCAGUGUUGGUUGGAAGGAGGUACCAGAGUCUAGAAGACCUUUACAGCUAUCCCUGCAGUUCAUCAUUGCUGAACAUCUUCCUUGCAUCUGAACUGUCUGACAUUCACUUCUGGCCACUUUCAGAAAUUGCAGUGAAAUGUGUGAGACUCCCAUUGGCAAACAAAUUUGCCGUUAUUCCAAUGGUGCACCUACAGUGAAAUUUUUUUAUGGC